AUGGACUCUGAAAACUAUGAAAGACAAUUAUCAAUCCCUACUAACACAUCUGAAUCAUGUUGUAACAGUAAUCCAGAAAUCUCAACAACAUCGCAGUCGAAUGUUCCUCAAGUGACUAUUGUACUCUAUGGCAUCAACACUUCUUUCAAUCCACUUCUCACACAACAACUUCACCGUCUCCAGUAUUUUCAUAUCGUUGAAGUUGAUGAUAUCGAUGAAUGGGUCGAUUCCAUGACAUCUCAUCCCAAUGAAACUACCGUCGUUCUUAUCGUCCAAAAAUUCCAGUUCGAUGUUAUACAAGUCCUUCAUGAAGGAGUGCCCCAGAUAAAACGUAUCUAUUCGAUAAGAGACCAACAUGGGAUGUCGAUACAUGAUGGUCAUGGUCGAGCUGCACUUCGGAAUGCUUACAUCGAUAUUUCAGCAAUGGUUGAUGAUUUAUGCACAUGGGUAAAACAGAAUUCGGUGAAUAUGAAUAAAACGAAAUCAAGUCAUAGUUUGUAUGGUGAACCUGCUGUUUUCAUGUGGUAUCAGUUCUUCUUCAGUCUCUUGACACAUCUCGAACCAACGUCGAUUGCGUUUCGUGAAUUCAUUGCUGCUUCGUAUACUGAAUUCAAUGAUAAUGAGAAAUCAAAACGAGAUGUAGAGGAAUUUGAGCGCUCUUACACACCAGAAAAAGCCAUUUACUGGUAUUCUAAAGAGUCUUUUCUAUAUCCAAGAGUAAAUCCAAGACUUAUAAGUCAAGACAUCGAUGCAGUAUUCGAAUUUCGAUCCAUUCUGUUAGAUCUUCAGAAACAAUUGCAACAUCUGAACGAUCAGCAAAAAAAUAAAAGAAAGGGUGAAUUCAUCCAAGUUUAUCGUGGACAACCAAUGACCCCGCACGAAAUACAAUACUUUUAUGAAAAUGAAGGUAACGUGGUCGCCAUAAGUCCGCUAGUAUCAACAUCCAGACGAAGAAGUGUAGCAGAAAUAUAUGCAGGAGGCGGUCUGUACAGUUCAGAACUUUGCGGAGGGAUGUUAAUUAUUCGUAUUUCAUCGCAUGUUCAACAAGCAAUCCAUGCUGAUCUCGACGGUGUGAGUGCUUUUCCGCAGGAAAGGGAAACUCUAAUAUGUUGGAGAUCUCUGUUUCGUGUGGAUGAAGUAAAGCUGCAAGAACCACGUCGAUAUGAGAUACGACUGACUCUAAUUGAUGAACAUGAUCCACAAUACCACCAACAGCUGAUGACGUGGAGAACAAGUCUUGGUGAUCGAAGUUUCUUCACCGGUCGAUCCACACAAUUGUAUAUGCGAGAUCUGAACGAAGCCAAUGGACCAUUUCUAAGUUAUCAAGUGCUAAUAGAUAUUGUGUUACGACUCAAACCAACAGUUUAUGCAAAACAAGAGAUGUUCGAAUACUGUCGAACGCAGUAUGCAACAAGUCCUGGUAUCUUAGCUCAGAUCGAUAAGUUCGAGAAAACCUACACAAGUGAAAAUGCUGCUAAAUGGUACACAAAAGAUUCAUUUCUUUAUCGUCUUCUAAACUCGACUCUUCGGCUGGAGAAGAUCGACCGGAUCUUCAAACUUCGUUUGUUCAUCCAAGAUUUGCACAAUCAGUUGCAUGUUUUACAAGAAGAAUACAUUCGAACACAACGUCAACUGCAUACUGAUGUGUUAACACUUUAUCGAGGUCAAGUGAUGACGAAGACUGAACUAGACGAGUUCAAGAUCGGCAGUCGAAUGUCAGUGAACUGUUUCUUAUCAACAACGGUUAAUCGAACUACAGCAUAUGAUUUAGCAUGUGAUUUCGAUGAUGUUGUUCAAGAUCCAGAUGUGUCGGUGGUGUAUGAAAUCACUGUCGACCUUACGGUGCCUCAUUCGACACCAUUUGCUUCGAUCGCUGAUGUCUCUGUGAAUCCAGAUGAGAGAGAAGUUUUGUUUUCGAUGGCGGCUGUGUUCGAAAUCACUGACAUUGUGCAAGAGAAAGAGCGUGUGUGGAAGGUAAAACUGACGGUUGUGAACAAAGCUGAUGAGAGUUGGAAUGUGCUGACUGCUCAUCUUUGA